UUCCAUAAGGGCAUUAUAGUAAAUUUGAUAUUUAAUAUAAUCCGCAGCAGCCAACUGAAGAGACCAAAACAGACCAUUCUCCAUAUUUCUCUCUCCGCUACUCUCUCUUUCUCUCUCUUCUCAACUCCAUAUCGUCUUCAUUGUAUAUAGUAUAUACAUAUAUUAACUUGCAGAGAAAGCCAGAAAGAAGAGAGAGAAACCCCUAAUCAUCAAAAUUAGAAACUCUUCUUAAUUCUUUUUUUAAUUUUAAUAAUAAAAAAAACAACAAAUUAUGGAUGAGGUACGUUCUUGUGGGAAAAAGCUUUGUAUUAGUAGUAGUAGUAGCCGGAGGGGAAUAAUAUUAACGUCGUUGGGUCUCUUUAGUGUCGUUUUCUUCACUCUUACCGGCGCCGCAGCAGCUUUUAAUCUCGCAACCAUUCCCUUCGACGAAGGGUACAGCCCUCUCUUCGGCGACGGGAAUCUCGUUCGUUCCCCCGACGGUAGAGCCGUUCGUCUUCUCCUCAACCGUUUCACAGGGUCUGGUUUCAUCUCGUCAAGUCAUUACAACCAUGGAUUUUUUAGCGCCAACAUAAAGUUGCCAUCCGAUUACACCGCUGGAAUUUGUGUUGCCUUCUACACAUCAAACGGUGACGUAUUUGAAAAGUCUCAUGAUGAGCUGGACUUUGAGUUCUUAGGCAAUGUAGAAGGAAAGCCAUGGAGGUUUCAGACUAAUCUGUACGGAAAUGGCAGUACGAGCCGUGGCCGAGAAGAACGCUACCGCCUUUGGUUCGAUCCCACCAAAGAGUUCCACCGCUAUAGCAUUCUGUGGACCCCAAACAUCAUUAUAUUUUACAUUGAUGAAGUUCCAAUAAGAGAAGUGGUAAGAAGUGAAGAAAUGGGUGGAGACUUCCCAACAAAACCAAUGUCUUUAUAUGCAACAAUAUGGGACGCAAGUAGUUGGGCCACCAAUGGUGGAAAAUACAAAGUGAACUACAAAUAUGCACCUUUUGUGGCAGAAUUCAAAGACUUAGUUCUAGAAGGCUGCCCGGUAAACCCAAUUCAAGAAGUUCAGACCACCGUGGCUUGCGCCGAGAAGAGUGCCGCACUUGAGAGAGAAGACUACGCCACCAUCACGCCCGAACGACGCUCCGCAAUGCGCAAGUUCCGGCAGCGUUACAUGUACUACUCUUACUGCUAUGACACGUUGAGGUACCCUGUGCCGCCGCCAGAGUGCGUCAUUGUCCCCUCCGAGAAGCGGCUGUUCAAGGAGACUGGUCGGUUGAAGUUCGGAGGAAGCCACCGCCGCCAGUCCCGGCGGAGGAACCGGCCGAUUGUUACUGCUACCACUGUUUCGGAUGACCUAUCUGAUAUGUAGUGAGAUAUAUUUUAUACUUACUGUUUUUAUUGAUGAAAAGUAAAUUUGGAUAGGUUUCAGUGUGUGGAGUUAAUUAAUGUACAUUUUCUCAAUCUUUCAUGAUAAAUAUGAUACAUACCAUCAUCCAUUUAAUAAAUACGUAUCCCUUGGGUAAAUUUUUGUUUCA